AUGAUGCAAAUCUCAUCGCCCUCCCAGCGAAAGUUCACGCCCGGCCCGCGAGGCCCCAGACGAGUCGCGUCGGUGCCUGUACGUCUCGGUGCCGGCUUUGAAAGGAGAGGGAGUUCCUCGUCAACCUCCGAGCAAUGUGCCGUGGCCUCCACUACUACGCCAGGCAGUGCCGCUGCUGCGAGCGCCCAGAAUAUUGAUUUGUUGUUUGCGCACUCGAGCGCGAAGAUUGUGAGCUUUAGUGCUGUGGGUUCUGGGGGAAGGCUCUUGCCAUGGACGAGUCCAGCGGAGAGGACCAUCGCGUCGGGCCCUAUUAGAAUAUAUAAAACUAUUCCUCAUGACAUUGCAUUCUUACAGUCUGGUUCAGCGUUGCGGCCAGUGCUUUCACGUAGUCAAUGCUGGAAUGUGGAUGGGCGAGGGACAUUCUGUCUCCAAAUCCGUCCUGGGAGUUUUUGGAGGCUAGAGAUUCUUGAACCAGAAGACGCUCCGGCCGUGAAAGCCAUUGAAUUCAGCGGUGUAUUGGUGAAAAUACUAGCAUACGAGGUAACCGCUUGCCCUUUCCAAAGAACGGGGGAGAAUUGUGUGAGUAGAGAGGCAGAAGUAUUUGGGACAUUACAGCCCUCAAAAGUUUGGAGACGGCCAAGCAAGGUAGCUGAGCUGGCCGACUUGGGAGAGGUCGAGGAGAUAUCGGUACAGGGGUUUGAGAAGAAAGAGCUUGUGGCAGAAGAGGAGGAGGAAGAGGCCGGUAUUUUGGGUGGGCUGGAAUCACCCCCAGCAAAGAUCGAGGAAUUGAAGGAAGGUGCGACAAAUACACUAGUCGAUAUCUCACGAAAAGAUGUUUCACAUAAAGAGAGAGCUGUUCCUUCAUCUGUUGGUCCGAUGAUGGAGUGGAAUGGUUUCAAGACCCCAGACUUCAGUACCGACACAAAUACGUUCCCAACAAUCAGUACGAGAUCAUCACGCACCUCCACACCAUCCCCGAGCCGUCCUACGAGCCCUACUACCAAACGGCAGUCAAAGAUCCAAUCACAGGAAAUACGUAUCGCCAAACGUCGAGAGCGUGCAACAUCAUUAAUAGACGUAAGAACCGAACCCAGAAUGUUCACCAACCCUUCACAAGACUCGCCCACUCCCUCAAACGCAUCAACACCAAGUCUCUGGUCCGGCUCUGACUCCCAGUCCGAGGAAAACUGGUCAGAAUCGGUCUCCACACCCCCUCGAAACACCCCGCCACAUCGCUUCGACCCAAUUUCAACCACUACGAAACCACGACUGACACGCUCCGCCUCUCAAAUCAUGCUAUCUGGAGGUGUCAGCAUUGCAAAUUUGGUUGUGAUCAAGCCGUCAUCGUAUAUUGCAGGGUUGAUGUUUUCCAUUGCAGCCAAGAUUGCUAGCAGGGCUGUGACAGGGGCUGCAUAUACAUUGACGGAGAAGAUAUACUCCACCGAUAUGUCUAUCGAAGCACUGGAUGAUGAUGAUGUGGAGGCAGUCCUCGAAUAUGAGGAUGAUUAUGGUGUUUACGAGAGGCCCCGGAAGACCCGUGUGGGUGCAUGGGAUGAAGACUGGGGCGUCGAAUAA